UAUUUUAUCAAAAAGGAAAUAAUCCGUAUCCAACUUUAUGUAAAUUUGUAUCCUCUCAAAAUUCAUCUUUCCGGCUUAUUUAUACAAAUAAAUCUCGGAGUGAAUUCAAUUUGCCAACUUUCUGAGUUGAGUCAUUCCUCCUUCUCUCUUCACAUUAAACCAAAGUCAAUUUUUGAUUCCUCUCAAAAUUCAUCUCUUUGGCUUGUUUGCAAUUGCAAGGGAGAAUCCGUCCAGAUUUCAAUUGAGAGUUGGGGUUUCAGCAAGGGUUUUGAUGGUUCAGCUGAUGGGAUCGCUGCAUUCAGAGAAUUUCCAAGAUUCCGCUGAAGAAGAGUAUGGCUCUGUCCCAAAGCGCGCUCGUCUGGGACCCUCCACUACUUUUAAUCAGUUGAGCACUGUGUUGAAUGUUCCACCUUCACAGUACAAUCCACUUGAUGAGCCGAGUCCUUUGGGUUUGCGCCUAAGAAAAAGUCCGUCGUUGUUGGAUUUAAUCCAGAUGACGCUCUCCAAAAGAAGCAGCAGCUCAAUCUCGGAGAACGCUGCUGAGAUGACUGGCCAUGGAAGCAAGAAAGAUACGAGGCCUAGUGUUGUGUCAAGUGCUAGUGACAAGAUGAAAGCUUCCAAUUUUCCAGCCAUGUUAUUGAGAAUUGGCAGCUGGGAGUAUGUUUCAAAAUAUGAAGGCGAUCUGGUGGUAAAGUGUUAUUUUGCAAAGCAUAAGCUUGUGUGGGAAGUUCUUGAUGGAGGUCUCAAGAGUAAAAUUGAGAUUCAGUGGUCUGAAAUAACUGCUCUGAAGGCUGAACUUCCUGAUGAUGGUCCCGGAACUUUAACCAUUGUGCUAGCUCGGCAACCUGCUUUUUUUCGUGAAACCAAUCCACAACCCAGAAAACAUACUCUAUGGCAGGCAACCACUGACUUCACUGACGGGCAGGCUAGCAAAAACAAGAAACAUUUUUUACAAUGUCCUCCCGGCAUAUUAGAUAAGCACUAUGAAAAGCUCAUUCAGUGUGACACCCGUCUUGGUGUCUUGAGCCAACAGCCUGAAAUAAUUCUGGAGGACCCUUACUUUAAGUCACAAGCUUCUGUACGUGAAAAUUCAGAAGAAUCUUCGGGGGAUGGGGGAAAUCAGCAGCCACAUGCUGCCAAGGGAUCACCCAUCUCUACUUUCCAGGAAGUGGCUUCCUCGUCUGGUCCACAGUUACGGGCUCCCGAAUUCGGAAAGAAUCCCCUGACAGUGCAACAUGUGGCUAAAGAAGCAGCAUCCCCAAGCUCAGUGAUUGAUACACAAGCAAUUGAAGGGAGUAGGAAGAGUAUUGAGCAUGAUUCUGGAGGAUCAAAAGGUUGGGAAUCGUUGAAGGUAGCAGGCCUACGCCGCUCCAUGUCAGUGACCGAUCUUGUGAACCACAUUGGAAACUGUAUUUCCGAGCAAGUGACUUCUGGAAGCUUACCCUCAGCCAAGGCAUCUGAAUGCCAUGAAAUGCUCGAGAACAUCUCCCAACUUUUGCUCUGUCACGCCCGCAUUUCCUAAGGAUAGGAAGUACGGUGGACCGCGACUAGGGGAGGAAUAAAGAAGCGGGGAAGAAAGGGGAGAACAGGAAUAUUUGACCCAAAAGCAUUUAUUAAAAAGAA